AUGGUGCAGCGCCCUCCAUUAGCUGCGGUGGGAGUCAAUGCAAUAGACUGCGCCGACAUACGCGCAGUAUCCGGGUGCAGGGCGUCGAGUGACCGUUAUUACCGAGACACGAUCAUUGCGGAUAUCACAGGGAAGUCGCGCAGUGCAAAGCAGAGCGAAGAUCGUCAGCGGGAGCAGCAGCCGUGCAGUGGGCACGGCAGGCGACGUACGACUAACGAACACGAAUUGAAAUUUUGUGGUACUGACGCCCCUUCCACCACGCGGGGAUCUUUGCCACAUAACGUUUGGUCUGGCUUUGCCACUGCGACUGACUGCGACUUACAUUUAGAAUAUCAAAAGACAACUGCAGUGACCGUGACAGUCGCUAAUUGGCGUGGUCUCUCCUGCCGCCAAUUGACGCGAACGGACGUAACCGCAAGCGGUGGCAGCUAUAUCCGCGACCGCGAGACGUAUUCGGUGAUUGAAGAUUAAAACUUUAUCGGAAGUUUAUAACUGCCUACAAUUUCCCUGGAAUUUGUAAU